GGGUGUCUGUCUGACCAUCAUGAAUGGAAGAGCAGUGAAGCCCCCUGUCACAGAGACCAGCACCCUAGAUUCCCUGAGGCCAGGACAAGUUGCCAGGGAGUGUCACUCUGUCCAGGCUGGCCGGCCCUUCUCUUUGCUGUUGGGUCAAUUCUGAGGGAGGCUCCAUGGUGGGCCUCCCUCCGUGUUUAGGCCUGGUGGGCGCUCACAGAUGGAGCAGGUGGGCCCUGCAAAUAGUUGGGCACCUUGUCCUCUGGCUUCUCACGCCUCCCUCUUCCCCAGGCAGGGCCACAGGGCAUCAGGAGGGACUCAGCCAAAGGUAGGGUGGGUGCUUCCUUCAGACCAGAGGGUAAAAGGGAUGCAUACGAGCCAGGGCAAAACUUUCUUCCCUGGGGAGGGCCUCACUCUGACUCUGUGGAGAGAGGCUUGAUUGGGUCUGUCUAGGAGCACUAGGGACAAGGGAGAAGGUGACAGGGUGGUCCCUGCUCGCCAGCCCCACACCCUCUAAUUGUGUGCAGUGGCUCCUCUCCCCUGGAUGUCUCCAAACAUCCAGCUGCCCCUCCUGCCCAGCUGCGGGCCGUGGGGUGGGGGCAGCCAUGCUGUGUUUGUCUGGCAGGUCUCCACCUGGUGAGUGGCUGGGGGGUAGGGACGCCCUCCCUCCUCUCCAGGCUGAGCUGAGGCAGGAGCAGCUUUCAGGUGUGGGGUGGGCUUUUUCCGGCCAGAGGUUCUGUCCCUCUCAGGCCAUUUCCCGAGGUUGCUGGCAGUGGGGAGCUGUGAGGGCAGGAAGGGAUCGGAGGGGCUGGAGGGCCUCUCCCUCUCUGUGCUCCUCGCAGGCCCUGUGACUGUACUGGGAAGGGGGUCCCCACCGCAGUGCCCACCUGGCCAGCCACAGACAGAAGGGCUGUCCUUACCUCAUGCCUGGCCCCACCUGUGCUGGCUUUUAGCUCUUGGCUCUGUGCUGGCCCAGCCCCUUCGCCUAUCUUGAUGCUCAGGGUCUGAGCAGAGUCGAGCCACCCCCAUGCUAGGCCUGCAGUUGGUGUCUCUCUGGAGCAGGGCCCCUUGGGGUGAACGAGGGCAUCGAAGGCCCUCCCGCACUGGGGUUUGGCUCCUGUCCACGAGGCCAACAGUGGAAAUCACAGUCUGUAAGAAGCUAUAGCCCAGCUCUGCGCAGAUCUAUUUUAGACCUCUGGGCCCCUGUUCCCCUCGAGGCUCUCCCUCCCAGCCUGUCCUGCUGGUGCUCUGAGGGAGAGCCUGGGGGGCUCCAAGGGAGAGUGAGUAGGGGCUGGGGAACCUGGGGUGACCCCCUUGGGCAGGGGCUGGGGGACCUGUCCAGAGGCUUGGAUUGAGGCCCACCCUCCUCCAUCCCUCCCAGAGGCCUGCCCAGGCAGCCACAGCUCCAGCCACAACAUCCUUUGGGGUUUGGCCUACAGAGCUGGGGCGGAUAACCCCCAAAUAGCCCUGGCAGAUCCCCCUGUGCCUGCCCACACCCUUGCCUCCAGGGCACAGCCCAGAGGGUAUAAACAGUGCUGGAGCCAGGAGAGGCAGACCAGCUGAGUCCUGAGCAGCAGCCCCAGCGCAGCCACCAACAGACACACCAUGAGGCCCCUCAUGCUGCUUGCCCUACUGGCCCUGGCCACACUUUGCCUUGCUGGCCAGGCAGAUGCAAAGCCUAGUGGUGCGGAUUCUGGCAAAGGUGCAGCCUUCGUGUCCAAGCAGGAGGGCACCGAGGUGGUGAAGAGACUCAGGCGCUACCUGGAUCAUGGGCUGGGAGCCCCAGCCCCCUACCCAGAUCCUCUGGAGCCCAGGAGGGAGGUGUGUGAGCUCAACCCCGACUGCGACGAGCUGGCUGAUCACAUCGGCUUCCAGGAGGCCUAUCGGCGCUUCUAUGGCAUAGCCUAGACCUCGCAGCCCUGCUGGCCUGGCUGGCAGCACGCCCAGCUCGGCUCCUCUGCAGGAUACCCCCGCUCUCCUACCCUGACUUCCCUGCCCGGCAAGUGUAAGAUCCCCAUCAUCCCAGCUGCUCCAAAAUAAACUCCAGAAGAGGAA